AUGGCAGACAUAGAUAAACAUAUUUCGGAAACUUCUUCCUUUAAUUAUUAUAGAUUAACUAAAGAAAUUCAUAGAUCCUCUGACCCAGAAGAUGAAGCUAAAUGUAAUGCUUUGAAUAGUUAUUUGGGGGAUAAAUAUAGCUCAUUUAAGCAAUUAUGCAUGAAACUCAGAAGAAUUUUAAGAAAUUAUAAUGAUAUAUCCUUAAGCAAUUCAAAUAAGUCGAUUAAGUGUCUAACAUUAAAUAUGUGGAUGCAUGAACAAAUAUAUGACUUGCUUGAAACCAAUGAACAAAAUAUCCCUCGUAAAAUUAUUUAUGAAAUACGUGAUAUUUGGGCUGAUUACACUCCAUUCACUAAUUGUGAUAUACUUGAAGAAUUAUCAAAAAAACGGGAUUUUCUUGAAAAUAAAAAACUUUUUGACUAUACUAUAAAUUAUGAUAAUAUUGUGAUGCAUCUUGCAAAUAAAAGGCACAGAUGUACACAAGAAUAUAAGGAUUACAUAGAUGAAAUUCAGAGAAUAUAUAAUACACAAAAAGGUACUCAUAUUUCACAAGGUAAUAAAGUACAAUGCGAUAUAUUAAAUAAUUUUGAAGAAAUUAACACUAAAGAAAAGUUAGAGGCAGUAAAAUGUACAAAAGUGCAAGAUAGAGCAAAUAAUUUAAUCGAAGAAAGUGGUGAAGAAAUAGACGGAUCCCCAGGAGAGCCAGGAACACCGGGACAAACAGGAUCAAGGGGGAGAACGUAUUUCCAAGGACCUUCUCCAAUAUUACCUCAAGCAGAAGGUACAUCUCCCACUAAAUCCGUUACAGCAGGCAUUUCACUUGCAGGGAUUCCAGUCUUUUCAUACCUUUUGUAUAAAGUAAAUUCCGACUGUUUGUAA